AUGAAUUUGUCAAAAGACCUCAAAGCAAUCGAAGACAAAAGAAUGGCAGCUGAGAAUGAGCUAGCUCUUAACAAAAAAUUUUUUUAAUAUAACAAUUUUUAGGAAAAACAGCGAUAUAUAAGUGAUAAUUAGUAUAAUGAAAUCUCUAGCUAAUUCUGUUUUAAUUUUAAACACCUUGCAUUUUAAAAUAGAAAUUUUACAAAUUAAAUAUAUAUUUAUUUCCAAAUUGGAUUUUUUAAGUGUUGAAAAAAAAUUUUACUAUAAAAUUUAUAUAUAAAAUUUUUAAAAUAACAAAAAUUAACCCUCUCUGUGAGUGAACAAAAUUUUUUGUACGCUCACGAAGGGGAGUAAGAGAAAUUGAAAGAUUGAUAUUUAAGCUAGAAACAAACUAUCUUAAAGAUGCUUCAAUCGAUGGAAACGUAAUUAGAGGCUGAGAUGCUCUAAUUAACCAAAAAGCGUCAAAAAACAGUGGAUAUCUUGGAAGGAAAUAUAGCAACAAGCCAUAUUCAGAGAAAGACAGAAUCUUUUCAAUGUCUUCAGCAACGAUUCCUUACAAACUCGCAGAAGAUGAAUUUCAAGAUGGUCAGCUCCCGCUAAAAAGAAAAUUAAAUAUUGGAGGAAAAAACACUCUAAUUAAAAGGAAAUCGAAAAGAAGACUAGAAGAUGAUGGUGACUACAGCGAAGGGACUAUUAACUAG